AUGGAGCCAUUUAAACAGGAGGAAGGUGUUUCGUUCAAACCGGUUGUUAGAAGAACUGCGAAUAUGAAAUGCUUGAUAAUUUUAUCUGUUUUGUUAUUCACUUUCCUUGUGAUUUCAAUCGUUUUCAUCGCGCUAUACCUGACGGAAAGAUCCAGAACUUCGCGGCCUGAACAGCAGUGCAGCUCAACUUCACAGAAAUACUGUGGAUCAAAAUCGUGCCUCUUCACUGCCCAAGGUAAGAUUUAUUGUAUUUCAGGACAUGAACAUCACGUCUUCGACAACGCAGAAUUGCUUGUUACUUUUCACGUAAAUUACUCCCCAAGUUGCUUAAGAAAAGCUCUCGAGAUAAUUUUCCGUGCGGAUAAUUGAGUGAUUCACAAUUGAUGUUUGUUAACUUUAAACCAAAUUGGUGAAAUUACCAUUUGACAAGCUGAAAACAAUCAUGAUUUAUCGACUACUUAUCUAUGGAGGAAUUUUGGCCUUGAACUUUGUCUGUAAAAUGUUUAUCUUGAUUUAAAUUUAAUUAAACAUGUUUUGAGGUCAUUCGCGUUUGGUAAUUUCUUGUUGAAACCUAUCGAUGCGGGUGUUAAAACUUAAAGAGUUCAGAACCUCUUGCUGUUUAAUACGUAUUUAACAGUCGGUGUGUAAUUUUGAUUUGAAAUGUGUAUAUAACCAGCAGUACUCACAGUAUGAAGAAAGCAAUUUCUGCUCUUGCGUUUAGCGGUAAAAACCACAUAUUUUUCUCUCGUACAAUGAAGCGAUGAAGCGCGCUUUCUAUCGGUUAUUUAAUAUUCUCUCAGGGAGUUGGAAAACACGAGAAAAACUUGUAAAUAUAGAUUUGAAAGGCGAGUGACCUACAAAUAUUGAGAAUGUUAUCCUAACAUCCCAAGUGAGUUACUACCCUGCUGUGAUGUUUUUUCUUUUUAGAAAUAAGAAUUAGCUUAUUGGUAUAGAAAAAUUAUAUAUUUUUGACCAAUCAGAGUGCGCAUAGUUUCUCAGCUAUGUUAAAAGGCAACAUACCUUGCACUUUCUGUAGAUUUAUCACGCGGAAUUUUGCCAGAAAACGAGUGAAACUUGUAAAACACGAGUUCUCUUUUGACUACUUAGAGCAACUAUCGAUAAACCGAUCGAGGGCGCCGUCAAGUAAUUCUGUAAAAUAACCACGGCUUUCACAGAUACGAGAAAUGACGGCUUUUUGACCAUUCACGCCAGACAAUUGAACUUUUCAGUUCAAACGGUUAUGUUUUUUUGUUCUUUGUCUUUUUUUUUGUUUUUUUGUUUUUUUGUUUUGAGACAAUAUAAUAUAAGUAUUUAUUCUCGUUUUACUUACUCCAAUGGCUAGUACAGCUAAUACAUUCAGAAAAAUAAUCCCUAUCUCCUGUAGCCUGUGAAACAGGCGUAAUUUUAUUUUACCUGAGUAUUAUUGAAAUCGGUGGUAAGCACGAAGCGAGUGCGAGGCAAGUGCGAGGUGAGCGAUGCAAAAAAAAGGGGCUUGUCCUUCAUGGUUUACUGACCGGACUUUUCUUUUCUUCUUGUAAAGAUGCCUUUAAGCAGCUGAAUCAGCGUGUUGAUCCUUGUGAGGAUUUUUACGAGUAUGUGUGCGGCGGAUGGGAAAACGAGAACCCUUUAGGAGAUAGUGAGACGUUUGUUACUGGCCUUACAUUGGCUAGAGAGAGAAGCUACAAUACACUCAGGGCCGCUUUAGAAAAUGCCAACAGAAACUACUUUCAAGUAAGUAAAAUUGUGGGCUGUUUUUCUUCCCUCGUUGUGGUCGUUUCUGCUGACUAAGGCAUAUCACGUUCAUUUCCAGAAUGAAGCUGUUAUGAAGACAUUGGGUUUCUUCAACGCCUGCAAUAACACAGCGGCUGUCGAGGCUCUGGGAGAUGAUCCGCUCAAGAAGUUGAUUGACCAAAUGGGGGGAUGGAACGUGACUGGUAACAUGACUCCCUUGUCAUUGAUGAGCAUCACAGAGAGGAUUGCUAAAGUGACGAGAGAAUUGUUCAUCAAACCUUUUGUUGACAUUGGAGUGUCUGUAGAUCCUCAUAACUCCAACAAACACAUUCUGCAGGUCAGUUGUUAUCUCUAACGCUCUUGAAAGAAAAGUAGGUUUAAUCUAAAGGAAUAUUAAGUCAUAACUUACCACUUUUGACAUUCCUAAGAGUGACCUAAUUUCUAACCGGUCGGGAGUGGUCUUUUGAUGCGUUAAAAAUCUGACUAUGGAGGCUGCCAUUUUGUGAAAAAAUAACUUAGUAACCUGGCUGCACAAUUCACCAACGGCUGCUGCUUUGGUUAUUGCGAAUAGGAAAUAAAAGCAAAAUCAUUAUUCGAGCCAAGAUGGAAACACUUCUCGACCAAUUUCAAAUAAGAAUGGAAAUUCACGCGAGUGGAUUUUGAGUAAAAGAACAAAUUUUUAUCAGAAAUCAUUCGCUUGAGUGAAAAUGAUUUGGAGAUUAAGAGAUUGUCCUAAGAAAGGGAACUUGCCCUAACUUCAUAAUUUGAUUUAAAUCUAUUGUAGUUUCGUGAGGGACAACUUGGUAUGGUUAAAUCCUAUUACGCGAAGAAUACAACCGAACAUCAAGCUGUAAGUACACGCAUGCGUAAUCAAAGAAACCCUUAAGGUUAGUGUACUGUUAUUAUCAGAUCUCUCGUCGGACAUUGCGCACACGUUGUGAGGACAUCCAACGACGUUCACUGUCUUCUAAAUGGUUGUAGUUGCUGCAAAGAUGACUUCGCGUUGCCUUUUAUGCUACUACUACAAAGCGCUCUUAAAUUUGGUGAUUGUUUUAAUUAAUCUUUUAAUACUUCUUUAAAAAGAAUUUUUGAUUCUCCGAGUGCCAAACGAGCCAGAGCUAUGGAGUCAAUUAAAGAACGAUUGAGUUUUUCAUUCUUAUUAAAUCCAUUCUUAAGGUUUGGAGCACUAAUAUAUUAGCACCAAGGAAUAUUAAACAAGAUUGGGACUUGUUGUAUGUGACUUUUUGAAUUCGCGUUCUGUAUGCGAUAAACAGCUCAUUAUUAGAAUAAAAAAGCUUGUCUGUUAAACUUCCUCGCCGCCCGUGAGAGGUAUAGAUUCUCUUUAUCUGAUCACUGACGUGGUAUUCUUUUGGGUUUCAGGGCCGGGAAGCUUAUAAAAAGUAUAUGAAAAAAAUAGCCAAGUUUCUCGGUGGAGGCCCUGACUCAGACGAAGAAAUGAUGAAAGUGUUUGACCUGGAAACUGAAUUAGCAAAGGUAAGAAAAAUAAUUCAUAUUUGAACUGUUGUUGGUUGCCAUUAUAUCUGGGAUAUUUCCAUUCACUGAGCCCUCAGUUCUUUUGUUGGAUUCAAUAAUUUAUUGAGCGCAUAUUGACUCAUUAUCCAUUUAUUCCCUAACAUUAAAAUGUAUAGUCUCCACACUUUUCUCUUUUUAUUUCCUGGAGAAUUGAUAAGGAGAAUUUCUCAAACAUUCGAGAGCUUCUUCAGUUUGCGAUCAUUUCUUUUGUUUUCACUACCUUGACGUUUUAUUCAGAGGUGAUGCAGUAAGGAUAAGGUAGAUGGCAGUCACUCUCAGGGGUUAAAUGGUUGACUAAUUCAGCCAUUUUUUUUCCGCUUAAAAUAUAGUUGUAUAAAUCGCUAGACGGAAGCUCCAUAAUAGAAACUUUGCAGAGAGAAAUGCCUGCUGGAAUAGCUACCUUUGAGCUAAGGACAACAUUGCAGCGAUUCAGCUCCGCAUCAAAAUUAAAAGUAAGUUGACGAUAACAGAGUCACGUUAAUUUGGAUCGACACUUUUUUGCAUCGGGAAGAAUGCCUGAACAUCAUUAACUUGGCUAUUUUUGUUCGCACACUUGCCAAUCAGCUUUCAUAAGAUCGGGUUAAGACUUUCUGCCUCAGUGUUAUUUUGUGGCUAUACUCUGAGCCAAAAACACUGAUAUUCCGGAAGCAUAUCCCGUAAUCCAUGUUUUUCUAUUGGGUAGCUACAUUUGUCGAUGUUUCCGAUGCUAAAGCAAAGGCCACAAGCUUGCCUAAGAGCGAUUAUAUCUAUAACAAUUGCCUUGCUUGAUAGCCUAUUGACAUUUCUGUUCUCUAACUAACUCAACCCUCAUAACUUUCCUUAUUGCUACUGCGUUUUCAUUAUCAAUAAUUUUUUUUCGUUAUUUGUUAAAACGUUUUCCAGCUUUCCUCGUUAUCGCGCGUAUUGUUCGCUUCGCGCGAGUCGUAGCGUGCGAGGAAGGCGCAAGUAGCACGAUAGCGAACAUAACGCGUGGCCUAUGUCACUUUAUUCCUUGUCUUUUGAAUAAAGAUGUUAUUGUGUUUCCUCAUUUGAAUUUCUUUCUGUGUUUUUCCCCUCGUUAUUCAGCUCCAAAACCUUGUGGACUUGGUAAAUGCAGUUUUUAAAAAACAGGGUCGGAAAUUCAAGAAAGACGAGUUAAUUGUCGCGUAUCCCAUAGAUUUUUACGUCAGAAUUUUCAAGUUUUACGAGGAAAAAACAAGAACGUAAGUGUUUGGGAUUUUAUCUUGUUCAGCAUUUGUUACAUCAUUCAGAAAACCGCGAAACGGAAAAUGGUGUCCAUGUUGGAUUAAUUAAUUUACAUAUGGUAGUCCUUUUACUUCACGUAAUUACAUUUUGUGUUAACUGACUAUGCAGCUGAAACUUGCGAUAAAGAUGAGCAAUUCGUGAAAUACAGACGGCGCGGUUUAAACCUAUGAAAUUGCUUGCGGAUUGCUUGCAAAAGAGAAAAAAAAUUUUGGGAUGAAGUAUGAAAGGUAGUUCAUCAGUACCAUGCACGGUCGUUGAAUGAAGAGAGAUUUGGUGAUUAAGUUGUCACGAGCGAAGGACAAAGAAGAAACGUGAGCUUCCCACGAAGCUUGGAACCUCAGACCUUUUGUUUCGCGGUCGGAUGUGAUAUCAACUUGAUAAAUUUUAAUGUCACCUACCAACGAAGCUUCGUUAAUAGCUUAGUGUCCAUCAAAUACAAAUCCAUCAUCUUGAUAGCUUACAUUUCAACAAAUAAGAGCUGUGUAGAGUUGUAGAUUGAAAAGGUUAAAUAUUGCAUCACGAAAUAUUAAAAGAGCGGUUAAUUAUCCCUCACCAGCCGAACUUUUCCAGCAGUUUGCAAUAACUUGUAACUUGUAACGUGACGGAAGAGCGCUCAAUGUUUCCUAGUAAAGUAUUGAGCGAAAUUUUGGAUGUGAGUUAUCGCUAUCUCAUGACGCGAAUUUACGCUCCCCAUGGUGACUUCUACGUACAUGGCUGAAAUUCAUUUACAGCCGAAAUAACGUAUCGACGCCGAAAUGUCAACGUUUUUUAUUUGGUCGAAUGUAAGGGGAAUUCGUUUUCUUGAUAAGGUCUUUCUUAAUUCGAACUGAGUGUGACCUAUCAGAUUUUUGGCGUCUCCACUUGGAAAUUCCUUUCGUGACCCUUUGAGGUAAGAAUACAUUUACAUUUUCCUGAUUUCUUUCAUCAUUUAAAUUUGCAUGCAGGGAUCCCUUGGUUGUUGUUAAUUACAUCAUCUGGACUGUUAUCAAUAACUUUAUCGAAACAAUGCCGCGAAAAUACCGAGAGGCCCGGGACGAGUAUGUGACCGCCAUGUCAGGAAACAGCACCAGAUACCGCUGGAAAGAUUGCAUUGACAGAAUGCAGCCAGUAUUUGGAAUGCCGCUGGGCUUGCUGUUUGUGGACGUAGCAUUCGAUGAAAAAAGCAAGGAAACGGUAAAAAGGAUAACUCAAAAAGUUAACCCCGGUAUUAUAGUUUUACCACAAUAUCCAGAAAUGAGAGAAGUUAGUUGUCUGCGCAUGCGUGACGGCAGAAAUGCGAUGACUUCGCAAUAGCAUGACGUCAACAAGGAAUUUAAAACUCGUAAAGAAAAUGUUCCACUGAAUAAGUUGCCCUCUUCCGUAUGUUUCUGAUAUUUAUUCUAUACUAUUUAAUACUACAGAUAUUAUCCUAGUCUUUCUGUCAUUUGUUACAAUGAUGUAGUUGUCACUUCUUCCAGAUAACGCAAAUGACCAGACUCAUAAAGGAUGAGUUUUUCAAGAGUGCUGAUGCUCUUCCUUGGAUGUCAGACGAGACGAAGGCAAAGGCGAAAGAGAAGGUUAGAAGUUAUUAAAGUUGUAGGAUCUAGGUCACGAAUUAGUUUUAAAUUGUGAAGCUCGUCAUUUCCAUUUCGUGUUAUUCUUGCAAUUUGAGUAUCGAAAGUAAUCCGGGGAUUGCUUUAGUUUUGCUUUACUUCGCUGUGUGAUUGGUUCAGGAAACCCGCGUCACUUUUUCAUCCAAUCAGAUGCAAAGCUAAAACCGAUCACGACUUGAACACCCCCAUUUUCCCGCGCUUUAGGCAGUUCGGUUGUGUUAAAUUUGAUUGGCCGUUGUGAUAACUUUGGUUUUUGUUUUUACCACACUCAACAAAAAAGCUCUCAAUACAUUUUCAGCCAUCCCUAUGGCUUCUUGGUUUUUUAUUCCUCUUUUUUGUUGUUGUUUUUUUUUUAACUCACUGAAGUAAUAUUUUUUAAGGCUUCAACCAGCAAGAUGAAGAUAUUUUGACAGGGUUCGGAAGCAUGAUGUAAGGAGUGACUCGACUCAACUCAACUCAAUUUUCCCAGUUAACACUCUAACACUCCUUUUUUCAAGGUACUAGUCUUUCUCCUUUGCAGGCCAAUGCUAUUGCCGAAGACAUAGGUUACCCAAGCUACAUCAAAGACCCGUCAAAGCUAGCCGCUACGCUUAAAGGAGUAAGUUGUUCUUGAUCAAACUGGAGUCCGAGUGAUGCUUUGAAUAUAUCUGAUAUUAUGUUUCAGAAAAAGCUUCGACAGGCUCUAUUACAUAUCAAAAACUUUUAUGUAAUUUAAACAAAAGUGUAAUUGAGAAAAAAAAGUGUUUGCUCAGAUGACAAAAACCUUUUCGUUGGAUACAGAGUGUCAACUGGCGAGACCUCUUUUUGACUCCGACCGCUGUACCUUUUUUUUUUUUUACAGCUGAAGGUUGGCGAUAACCUAUUUGAGAACACCGUUAGUGCCAUGGCUUUUGCCGCUAACCAAUCAUACAGUUUAUUGGACAAACCUGUGGACAGAGACAAGUGAGACUACGUUACAUCAUAAAUUAGCUAACAAUGAUAUCCCUUGCGUAGUCAUAGGGUGUGGCCAAUUUAAAAAUUCCUCUGACGUCAUCGCUGCAUAGUCAAAUAAAAACGUUAGAAUAACUGAGACCAUCUACCGGAAAUACGUUUAUUGAACGAGUUUAUGGUUAGUUGUAAGUGGAAUUAGAACAGAACCUUCAUCUAGAAGGGACACUCGCAGGAAUAGAAAAAAGUGUCCCAGGAAUAGUGCUGUCCAACUCACUCAUUAGAGGUAACAGGUACAAAGGUUAUACAGUGUAACCUCCAUUCGAGGGACAUUUUCGGUACUAAAAAAAAAAUCUUCUAAGACGGAGGAGGCGUCUCAAAAGAUAAAUUCCCUAUUAGUAUUUGGGCCUUAAACGGUUUUGUCUUCCUUUGAUUCCCGGCAGGUGGUUCCUAGGCCCCUCGCAAGUAAAUGGUUACUAUUCACCAAGACAAAACCGCAUUGGUAAGCCUCACUGCAAAAAGCAUGAUCAACAAAUAGGCAAAUAAAUAGGGAAGUUACGCAAGAGCCUUUUCUACCUGGUUGGACGAACUUCGGUUGUUACCUCUGCAAAACACAUGCAGUUUUAUUACAAACUGAAUGAGCACUAAAAGUUUGUGACAUAAACAAAAUACCGAAGCAUGAUGAAGAUACUUUUAGGCUGUAUCUGUACGCUGUAAGCAUACAAUGAUAUUAUUUGAUUUUGUUCUUUGAUGUUCCAGUGUUCCUGGCGGCCAUUUUACAACCCCCUUUUUACAAUCCGGAUUACCCAAAGUAAGUACAACAAUAACGACAAACAAACCAAAAGGAACCUCUUAACCUUCUUGAAGAAUCGAAUCUGACCAAAUACAACUGACCUCGAUCUUUACCUAAGUCUUUACUUAAGUAAUUAGUCAAUCUUCAAUUAAAUCUUUAUUAUCUCGAAUUGCUUUGGCUUUGUUUUACUUCGCUCUGUGUUGGUCCAGAAAAAGUGCCACUCUCUCAACCAAUCAGAUGCAAAGCCAAAACCAGUCACCCCUUGGUCACUCGCUUUUUCCCGCGCUUUACGCAGUUUACUCCUUUUUUACUAUACCUUCUCAUUGGCUCGUUAUGAUAUUUGCAUUGUUCUGAUUGGCUGUUGUCAUGAUUUUGGUUUUAGUUUAACGAGAAUCAAUCGAAAAGCGCUCAACUCCAGCAAGGGUAGUGUUCACGUGCCUUAAAUUUGCCUAAGACAGUGCUUUUAAUAAAGUGACCCCAGGAAUGAUUCUUUAUCAACACACGCUUUCCUGUUGAUAAAUUGUUUUUUUUUUCUUCAGGUACUUAAAUUAUGGAGGGAUCGGUAUGGUGAUUGGACAUGAAAUAAUACAUGGAUUUGACAACAAUGGUAAGCGUAAGAUUAAGAAAACUAAAUCCCAAAAAUUGUUUGGAAAAUGCUGAUCAGAAGCUGGCUGCACAAGCGGGAAAGAUGAAGCCGGAGACUCUUCUAUUCUGAUUAAUUAACGAGAUCAUUUUUCCCGCUGAGGUUACACGUUUUCAUCGCACAAAAAUUAAAACCAAAAAAGAGGCUUGUGUUCGUUUUAGUUUGGGACUUUUUGAGGAAUGGUGUUUACUCGCUAGUAAAAAUAUGACCAAUAUCCGUAAAAAUUUGACCGAUAUCCAUAUUGAGCUCACAUCCGGUCGAUAACGCGUAUCUACAUCUACAUGAUGUUUAGUUUGACUAGAACGUUUAAACAAAUGAGUUUUUCAUAUUUUUCAGGAAAAUUUUUCGAUAAGGAUGGUAACAUAAAAAACUGGUGGUCCAUCGUCUCUCAGUUAGGUUUUAGUAAAAGGACAGAGUGUUUUGCUAAACAGUAUUCACAGUACGAAGUUUAUGGUAAAAAGGUAAACUAAUUUUGCUCUUCUUUUGAACAUUGCAUAACAAGCGCUAGAUUCAGCGUGAGUCAUCUACCCAUGCAAGCGCGAGCGAAAUUUCAUGUGCGCAUGACGUUUCUGCUCUUUCUUGUGCAUGUGACGUUUUUGAAGCGACAGAGCUGUUUAAAAUCUGGUCAAACCACAUUAGAAAAAUUAGUUUGGCGAAAAGCAUCGAGACUUGUGCGUAUCGAUGCUGGUAUUUCGGGAUAAGUGUUACACGUGAUUCCUAACUCUCAUAUCAGCGAGAAAGUGGAAACUUCAGAAAGCCCACAGAUUGUUUUGUAUUCUUAACCCAGGUCCAACCUACCGAAAUGAGCUACAGAGUAAGACGAACUUAUUAUAUAUUUACUUUUUUAUUUUUUAUCUGCAGAUAAAUGGAAAUAAGACAAAGAACGAGAACAUCGCCGACAACGGAGGGAUCAAACUGGCAUACAAAGUACGACUAUUCCACAAUUUUGAAUUCAAAGCGAACCUAAAAUAACCCGGCUAAUCUUGAAAUAAAUAUAUUCCAUUUUGUAUUUGUUCCCUCUCAGGCGUAUGAGGCACUUGUCCAAGAGGAAGGAACCGAGGGGGCUUUGCCAGGACUGGGACUAACAGAAGAACAAUUGUUUUUUGUGGGUUUCGCGCGGGUUUGUACACCACAGUUAAACUCUUUACGCACUAUUACAACAGAGCUUAGCUGAGGAAUCGAGUCUCGUUACAAUUUGUUUUACCACAAGAUCAAAUUUCCCUUUGGGCUACGCCCCAAAUUAAGUUGGCUGCAAUAGACUUGAGAGGAGGAAGCUACAGUGGUGAGAUCGCACGCCUCCGUCCGCGAAGGUCUGGGUUCGAUUCCCGAACCUGACGUCACAUAUGGAGCCAGUUAUUAUUUAUGGAUGGCUCUUGCCCUUAAUCCAAAGUUUUGUUCACAUUAUUUGGUUGUUCUUGCUACACACGAACAAAAACUCCAAAUUCCGAAUGCCUCUCGGGGAAACCGUGUUUUUUUAAUCAAACGAGAAAGCAUGCCCCCAACAAACGAAUGUUCUUGUAUAGUUUUUAAGCUUUACAUUUAUUCAUUUUUAGCCGUGGUGUAGUAUCUACAAGAAGAAAGCAGCGCAUCUUCAACUUGAAACUGAUAAACACACGUUUUCUAAAUACAGGUAAUGACAUUUGUCAGUGUGUCAGAACAGGGGGAAUCCCACCGGAAUCAAGCUGAUAUCCCGGCCACCACUGUGCCAGGAAUUCCAACGGAAAUCCCGUCAGGGAUCGCGCCGGAAUCCUGCUUGAGAUUGUGUUGUGAAUCCCGCCUCGGAUCGCACCCGGAAUAGUCCCCAAAGUUCCUCCCUGGGUCGUGCUGGGAAUCCCGUUUAGAAUCAUUCCUGAGGUCCGUUCAGGAUCGCGCCUGUGAUCGCGCCUGGGUUCUCGCCUGGGUUCCCGCAAGAGCCCUGCCUGCGAUCUUUUCAGGGUUACUAUCCGGGAUUGCGCCGGGAAUCCAGCCUUAAGUCCCGUCCGGGAUUGCGCUGGAAAUCACGCCAGGAAUCCACUUUAGUAUGGUGCCUGUUAUCCCAUAGGGAUAAGAGGAAGAUACUAUAGUAAUAAUAGGAUACUAACUACUACUAAUAAUAAUAAUAAUGAUAAUAGUGAUAAGUAAUAAUAGAAGAUAAUAGGAGCCGUAAUAGCGCCUGAUGACCUACUAGGAUUUUUCUGGAUUUUGCUUCAAUUUAGUCGGGUGCUGGCCAGAUUCGUGCCCAUAUAAACUAGUAUUAUUCGUCGUUCUUCUUAUAGAAUUAUCGGCACGCUCCAUAACUAUGAAAAGUUCGCUGAGGUUUUCAGCUGCAAGCCAGGAUCCGCCAUGAACCCCCAGAACAAAUGUGCCUUGUGGUAAUCAAGGUAUGAUUGAACACAGCCUUUUACUCGCUAUAAUCGUGGUAACAUCAAAGCGCACUGCAAACUGGAGCUGAGGAGCAAUAUAUCGGAAAGGUUUGGAUAUCGAUAACUUUUCAAGUGCUGAUGCAAAUUAGGCCUGAGCCCCUAAUCUCAUUUAUACCAGAACAGCGCCAUCAGUACCGAUACUGUAACCAUGGAACUAUUGAAGAAAGAGAAGUGGCAGUGAUGCAGUAGUUAGAACAUUCUCUGAGAGAGGAAGAGCUGCAGUUAAGGAAAGAUCAACAAAGCCAAAAACUGUUGAUAUUACAGCAACAACAGCAGAUGAAUCAAGCAUUGCUCACCCUCAUGGAAAAAAUAUUGCCUAAAGAGAGGAAUUAACUGUUUAUUACUAUAACUUAAUUUGUUGUUGUUAGCCAAUGGUCAUGCAAAAGCUGGUACGAAAAAAGACAAAUCAGGCUCAAACAUUUUGUUGUUAAUUUACUGGUCAAAAUUGUUUGACUGUGCAUGUUGAACAUAUUUUUAUAACAAGUGUCUGAAAUUUUGUGCCUCACAAACCCUGCUACACUCAACAACCCUUGACCAUGAUAGGUUUAUAUGCA